CCAUGUCCGAUUUUUCACUUAAUUUUACAAAUUCCCCCCUUUUUCCUUUCCUAAUCAACAUUUUAUAUUUCCUUUCCGCCCCCGAUUUCCGUGGGGUUUUGAUCUGUUGUGGGGAAUUGAAGAAGCUGAUGAUGAAAUGGAAAUGGAAGCUGACAGUGAGCUAACAAUUGAAUCGUGAACUUAAAGAAAUCUCGUCAUUAAUCUCCCAACCAACCCCGUUUCUUCCAAGACACUCCGACACCCAUUUCGCUUUUUGGUUGUUUUACUCACCCAAUUUUGAGUCUUGUAAAUAAUAGCAGUUGUUGGGUUGUUGGCGGAGGAGGAAGAGAAGAAACCCGGAAGAAAAAGAGGACGGAAUGAAGCAGCUGACGGCGUUGCAGCAGCAGGGCCGCCGGAGCAACAGCUUCCGGAACGCAUCCUCGCCUCUGGACGCCACUGUAGAUGGAGCAAUCAAAUCGCCCGCGACGAUUUUUUGGCUAGUCCUCCAUGGGCUUUGCUGUUUAAUUAGCUUAGUCCUGGGCUUUCGAUUUUCUCGCCUCGUGUUUUUCCUCCUUUUCUCAACUUCUUCCUCUCCUUCCGCCACCACUAUAUACUCGGCCCUUCAAACAACGUUGCCGUCUUCCGGAGUUACGUCGACGCCGGAGAGGAAUGUUUCCGCCGGCACCGGUGGGAGUAGAGUGGUGGUGGGGAGGCAUGGGAUACUAAUAAGGCCGUGGCCGCAUCCGGAUCCGGAGGAGGUGAUGAAAGCACACAGGAUAAUUGAGACGGUUCAGACAGAGCAGAGGUCUCUGUACGGGGUUAAGAAUCCUAGAACUGUGAUUGCCAUCACGCCAACUUAUGUUCGUACUUUCCAGACGCUGCAUCUCACUGGUGUGAUGCAUUCUUUGAUGAAUGCGCCCUAUGAUCUCAUUUGGAUCGUAGUGGAAGCUGGUGGGGCCACCAAUGAAACCGCCUCCCUGAUUGCCAAGUCCGGAUUGAGAACAAUCCACAUCGGAUUCAAUGGGAAAAUGCCUGUUUUGUGGGAGGACAGACAUAAACUAGAAUCAAGAAUGAGACUGCAUGCUUUGAGAAUAGUUAGAGAACAGAGGUUAGAUGGGAUUGUGAUGUUUGCAGAUGAUAGCAACAUGCAUACUUUGGAGUUGUUUGAUGAGAUCCAGAAUGUGAAAUGGGUAGGUGCAGUUUCGGUUGGAAUUCUUGCACAUUCGGGUGGUUCUGAAGAAGGAGAAUUAUCGAUGGUCCAAAGAGAUAAUAAUGAAACAGAUGAAAAGAAAUCAGAGGUGCCUGUGCAAGGUCCGGCUUGUAAUUCUUCGAACCAUUUGGUGGGGUGGCACACCUUCAAUACGUUGCCGUAUUUGGAGAGGAGUGCAAGGUAUAUUGGUGAUAGGGCAGUUGUGCUGCCAAGGCAGCUGGAGUGGGCUGGGUUUGUAUUGAAUUCAAGAUUGGUGUGGGAGGACAAACUGGAGAAGCCAGUUUGGGUUAAGGAAUGGGAAGAUGUUGAUAGGGAUGGGGAAGAUGUUGAAAGUCCAUUGUCCUUGUUAAAGGAUACUUCAGUAGUAGAGCCUCUUGGUAGCUGUGGACGCAAAGUUUUGUUAUGGUGGCUACGUGUAGAGGCAAGGGCUGACAGCAAAUUCCCUGCUAGAUGGAUAAUUGAUCCUCCAUUAGAUAUCACUGUCCCGGCAAAACGCACUCCAUGGCCAGAUGUUCCUCCUGAACUCCCGUCUUCUGCUGAAAAGGUGGUCACUAUUCCUGAGAGCACGGAGAAGCGCCCAACCAAGAGCGGGUCAAGAAGAAAACGCAGCUCCCGUAGCAAGAGGAAGCACAGUGCAAAAGUGUUAGAUGACCGUCUUUCUACAAGGAAUCCUGGAGAUAAUUAGAAACUUUUUCAUCAGUAAUAUCUCAGAUUUUGUACCACUCUGUGAAUUACUCAUCGUGGUUAUGGGCAAACCUUCCGCGUCACAAGCUCAGAGCCAUGAAGACAGGACUUCUCAUCUUUCUUCAUGAGUACUGGAAGGCAUAUGUUACAUAUACAAUAGCAGUUGAUAAAUACAUAUAAAUUUCUGUCUUGUGCCAUGAAGUAUUUCUUAAUCCAAUUCUUUUCCCUCCAUUUUUGCUGACUAGUUUUCUCGUUUUGUACUAGAGUUUUCUCUUAGUUCUGUUAUAUUUACUGCUUGGUGGAAUGUGCACUUACUUUCUACCAAGUUUUAUGCA